AUGGCCAAAAGACGGCAAUUGCACGGCCGCUUCCUGCAGGUCACGGACUUCCAUCCAGACCCCUUCUACAAGGUUCAUUCGUCGAUCGACUCAGACGGCGCAUGCCAUAGAGGCCACGGCCCAGCAGGUUACUACGGUGCCGAGACGUCCGACUGCGACUCGCCUAUAUCGCUCAUCAAUGCCACCUUCGACUGGAUCCGUGACGAGCUCAAGGACUCGAUCGACUUUGUCAUCUGGACCGGCGAUUCCGCCCGCCAUGACAACGAUGAGAAGAUACCGAGAAAUGUACAACAAGUCACUCACCUAAAUCAACUGCUCGUCGAAAAGUUCUACGAGGUCUUCGCAAAGAAUGAGGACGAGCCUGACGACGAUCCGACCAAUGACCUCGUCGUGCCUGUAAUUCCUACCUUUGGCAACAAUGACAUCCUGCCGCACAACAUCUUCGACAAAGGUCCAAACCUCUGGACCCGCCGAUACCUUGACAUCUGGCGGCCUUUUAUUCCCGAAGUUCAGAAACACUCUUUCGACCAGGGCGGUUGGUUCUACGUUGAGGCUAUUCCAAACCACCUCGCAGUUGUCUCCCUCAAUUCCCUCUACUUUUUCAACUCCAACUCAGCCGUCGACGGAUGCGCCGCCAAAUCAGAGCCUGGAUACCGUCAGCUUGACUGGCUCCGCAUCCAGUUACAAUACUUGCGCGAUCGCAACAUGAAGGCUAUCAUUACUGGCCACGUUCCUCCUGCUCGUACCGACAACAAGAAUAACUGGGAUGAGACCUGUUGGCAGAAAUACACCUUGUGGAUGCACCAGUACAGGGAUGUCAUAGUCGCUACACUCUACGGUCACAUGAAUACCGACCACUUCAUUGUGCAAGAUUUCGACCAGGUAGACGACAGCGUUGUCGAUGGUUAUGAGACCAUCAAGAGCUCCAACAAGAGAGGCAUGGUCGCAGCUGCUGAGCAACAAUUUGGCAUUCAAUCUGCCACCAGUUACCUUAAGGAUCUGAGAAAGAGUUGGACCAAGCUACCGAAGCCUCAAGCAGAUGAAGACGCAGACGCACUCAAGAAUGGCAAGAAACACAAGGGAAAGAAGCCACACAAUCCGGAUGAUUAUGACGCCGAAAUUGGAGGCCGCUAUGCUGAGAGAUUUAGCAUUUCACAUGUCUCGCCAAGUGUUGUACCCAACUACUUCCCUACCAUCCGUGUCUAUGAGUACAACAUCACUGGACUCGACAGAAAGCUACCCCGUACCUAUGAGGACAUGUUUGAACUACAUGCGACGGAGAUACCAGAGGACGAACAAUCCUUGGAAGAAGAUCUGAUCGCCGAGGAUGAAGAUCUUGAAGCUGAACGCAAGAAAAAGAAAAAGAAGCCCAAGAAGCACAGAUUCACAGUGCCCAAGCCGCCUUCAAAAUCUGCACCUCCUGGGCCUGCAUACUCACCUCAAUCGCUGACUCUUCUGGGCUUCGUUCAAUACUACGCUAAUCUGACUCGCAUCAACAACAAUCUCGUUGAAGACGACGCAGAGCAACAGAGACGGAAGGAUGGCAAGCCUCAUGGCAAUAAGCCUUUCGACCAUAAUCGUUCGUCUCACCCAAAAAACUUUACCUAUGAAGUGCUGUACGACACUCGUAGUGACAAGGUCUAUGACUUGGAGGAUCUUACAACAAGGAGUUAUCUUCGCCUAGCACAACGUAUUGCUGGAGUCAAGCCAAGGAAGAGCGAUGUCCAGGUGUCAGGCGAAGACCUUGAAGAAGUUGAAGAGGUUGAAGUUGAUGAAGCUCUUGACGCUGAUGCGCACCAAGGUGAUAUGGAUAUCACCAAGAAGAAACAUAAGAAGAAGAAGGGUGACAAGAAGAAGAAGUCAUCCAAAGACAACAAGCCAUGGUACACAUUUGUUAGACGAGCAUUUGUGGACACCUUGGAGCCUGACGACAUUGAAGAAGAAUUUUAG